AUGGCAGCUCAAUUGCAACAAUUCCAACAAAAGGCAGAGUACUUUGUCAGCCAAAUUGACAAAGAGCUCUCCAAAUACCCUCAAUUGAACAAACUUGAACAAAACAUUGGUAUCCCACAAGCAAAGGCAUAUGGAGCAAUUGGUGCAUUCGCUUUGUUCACCCUAUUGGUCUUCUUCAACAUCUUUGCCGGCUUCCUUACCAACUUGAUCGGUUUCUUCUUGCCUGCAUACUUUUCCAUGAAGGCUCUUGAUUCUCCUCAACCACAAGAUGACGUUCAAUGGCUCACUUAUUGGGUCGUCUUUGGAUUCUUCAACUUUAUCGAAACAUUCGUUGAUGUUAUCCUUCACUUUGUACCAAUGUACUACACUUUCAAGACAUUGGCCAUCGUUUGGUUGAUGUUGCCUCAAACUCAAGGAGCAAAGAUUGUUUACACCCGUUUAGUCAGACCUUUGCUAGCCCAAGGAACAAAGGCAACAUCUGCACCAGCCGCUGGAUCUGCUCAUGUUCAUGCCGAAUAA